GUUCCUAAUGAUAUUAUCAUGAGUGAGAAGAUUGAUAAAGAGAUUGCCUUCGACGAAGAAGUCGCGGAGCCUUUAUCGCUGAAAGGACAUCGUGAAGACAGGCGGAGAUUAUCCUGGUACUACGCUCCCUCGUUUCUGCUCCUCUGGUUGGCUCUGUUCUUUGCCAUCGUGAUCCCGCUCUUCAACAGACUUCCGGAUAGGAUAACCAUCGCAGAGGAGCCGGCGAGGCUGGGAGAAUUCGUGGCGGAGCGGGCAGAAAGGCAGCUGAUUGAAUUCGAGCGGAUCGGACCCAAAGUGGUGGGAAGUCGAGCGAAUGAAGUGGUGACGGUUGCAUUUCUUUUGAAUGAAGUGGAAAAGAUUAGGAAGGAAUUGCGCAACGAUCUCUAUGAGCUCGAGGUCGAUGUCCAGCUGCCCAGUGGAGGAUUUUUGUUCGGCAGCAUGCUAAGCAUGUACCAAGGUGUCCAAAAUGUGGUUGUUAGACUAAGUGCUAGGAAUUCCCAAAGGGAGUCCUACCUCCUGAUCAACAGUCAUUUCGACUCCAAGCCAGGCAGUCCAGGUUCUGGCGAUGAUGGCACCAUGGUAGUGGUAAUGUUGGAGGUCUUACGUCAGAUGGCCACAUCUGAAACCCCAUUUGAGAAUGGAAUAAUCUUUCUGUUCAAUGGAGCCGAAGAAAACGGCCUUCAGGCGGCCCAUGGCUUUAUUACGCAACACAAGUGGGCAGCGAAUUGCAAAGCUCUUAUAAACCUUGAGGUGGGUGGCAGCGGCGGACGCGAUCUACUAUUCCAGAGUGGUCCCAAUAAUCCUUGGCUAAUGAAGUACUAUAGGCAAUAUGCGAAACACCCUUUUGCCACUACUCUAGCCGAGGAAACCUGGCAGGCUGGUAUUAUACCCUCUGAUACGGACUUUCGCAUUUUCCGCGAUUAUGGGAAUGUGCCUGGUUUGGACAUUGCCCAGGCUUAUAAUGGCUAUGUGUACCACACAGCCUUCGACACCUUUAGUGUGAUUCCAGGCCGAUCUAUACAGAAUACUGGUAACAAUAUUCUGGCUCUUACCAGAGCCUAUGCAAAUGCCAGUGAACUAUAUGAGAAAGAGGAAUCUGAUGAUAGCCAUGCAGUAUUUUUUGACUUCCUCGGUUUGUUCUUUGUGUACUACACGGAAAGCACUGGUAUUAUUCUGAACUGCUGCAUUGGAGUGUUCAGUCUGGUUUUGGUAGGUUUCUCCCUUUGGAGAAUGGUCCGCCAGUCGGAGAAGGUAUCACUGGGUCAGAUUUCACUGUGGUUCCUGAUUAUCUUGGGCCUGCAUGUGGCGGGAGCUGUCCUAUGCUUUUGCCUGCCAUUAUUAAUGGCUGCUAUUUUCGAUGCCGGAGACCGGUCGCUGACCUACUUCACCAGCAAUUGGCUGGUUUUCGGACUCUACGUAUUUCCCGCCAUUAUCGGAUUAGUACUUCCCUUGACACUUUACUUUACCCUAAGGCCCAAUGACAAACUGAGCCAUGCUUACCUCAUUCAGAUGAGUUUGCACGCCCACUACGUGCUUUUGGCCCUGCUUAUUCUUAUUUUAACCGCUGUAGGUAUCAGAUCUCAAUAUCUGUGCCUCAUAUCAUUGAUCUUCUACGGAGGUGCUCUCCUGAUAAAUCUGCUAAGCACAUUGCACGAUCGAGGGUACUAUUGGUCCGUGCUUGUGGUACUCCUUCAGGUUUUGCCAUUCUGUUACUUUUGCUAUCUAUUUUAUAUGGUGCUCGUGGUAUUCUUUCCGAUCACAGGAAGGAACGGAAUCGGUUCGAAUCCGGACCUGAUAAUAGCUCUUUUGUGUGCUUUUUGCACCUACUUUGCCUUGGGAUUUGUUGCUCAGUUUAUAAACGUCUUCCGCUGGCCAAAGCUCAUUCUUCUUGGUCUCGGAGUGGUAACGUUUAUUUUCUGUAUGAUCGCUGUUUCAGAGGUGGGAUUUCCCUAUCGUCCUAAAACCAAUGUGAUGCGAAUCACUUUCAUGCAAACAAAUCGGAUCUUCUACAACUACGAUGGCUCGGUGAGUCACAGUGACUCUGGGUACUAUUUCGUUUAUCAGGAUAGACGCGGCUUAACUCCGCUGGAGGACUCUGGUGUCAACCUGACUGGCCUGGUCUCCGUGGAGCCCGACUGCGAUAAGUAUGUGAUGUGCGGGGCACCGUGCUUCUACUUUUGUGGCGGGGUUAGAAAUGCUGGUUGGCUGCCCCGGGAAGUUGUAAGUCCCGGGGAAAUAACCUUGGAGUUACUGGAAAAGAGAAUAUCGGACACAGAACAUCAAAUUCGAUUUGAGUUCGAAGUGACUGGACCUCCCCAUAUGAACAUCUUCAUCCAGCCAGUGGGUGUGGCUGAGGUUACGGAUUGGUCAUUUGAGCGAAAAUUAUUGGAUGACCCGGAUACAUACCAGCCACCUUAUAACAUAUUUUUCUCAUAUGGAAAGGAUGACAGUCCUUUGAAGUUCUAUAUUGAUAUAGCGAAGUCCGACGGAGACUUCAGUGUUCCCAUCGUGGAACUCGGAGUUGUGGGACAUUUUAUCAGCUACGAUUUUAAAAGGGACGCAGAGGCAGAGCAAUUUUUGACAAACCUACCUGACUACGUGCAUGCUAUGGAAUGGCCAUCGAUAUUUAAGGGAUACAUCUUUUAAAAAUUUUAUACCUAUACUAAAAGAUGUUUAAUAAAAAUGUAUAUUUCAGCAGACAGA